GCUCGCGCUGUCUGUGUUUUUAACAUAACCUAAAAUAAUAGUUUGCAGAUUUUCUACUCCAAUUUCACACUUAUUUUACGUUUUUUAAUAUUUAAAUAGCAAAACCUAGUUAACUGAUAAGUUUUAAAAAAUUGAAACAAUGGCUGAAGCAAUGAGACAAGCGGUUGUGGAAAUGUUGAAGGGAAUUGAAAGAUAUAAUCCAGAAAAUUUGACAACCUUGGAGAAUUAUGUGGAGAUUCAGGCGAGAGAAAAUGCCUACGAUCUGGAGGCAAAUUUAGCUGUUUUAAAAUUGUAUCAACUUAAUCCUCAACGAUUUAAAGUCAACAUAACUUGUCAAAUUCUUUUGAAAGCUCUUACGAAUUUGCCGCACACAGACUUUGUUUUGUGCAAAUGCCUCUUGAGUGAAAGUAUCAUGGCGCAGGAUCCAAUUAAUCAAAUAAUGUACUUGGGAGAUAUUUUGGAGCAGUGUGACUUUCAGCUUUUCUGGGAACGCGCUCGCACAAUAUCGAAUUUGUACGACAGUAUCGUUGGUUUUCAGGAUUCAAUUCGAAAAUUUGUUUGCCACGUUGUGGGAAUUACAUUUCAAACGAUAGACAAACCUCUACUUUCACAAUUAUUAGGCGAUGUUGAAGACACGACACUCAAUCACUGGGUGCAAAAAUACGGAUGGAGAGAGCAAAGCAGACAAGGAAGAAACAUAAUUUUCAUUGCCAAUCAAGACGAGAAUAUUAAAACGAAAAAUAUCACGGAAAAAAUUGAUUUUGAAAAUGUUGCCGGUUUAAUGGCCGCAUGCUUAUAAUUUACACAAAAAACAAAUUUCACUUUUCUAAACAAUCCAAUUUUGUAACCAUUUUUUUUUACUCCCAAAAAUGAAUAGUCAUCAAAUUAUAUGUUUGUUUCAAAUUUAUUUCACAUUAUUCAAAAACUUAAAAUAAAUAAGAUUUUCCUAAAGAAUCACAGAAUACUUUAAUAUAUUCGUACGAAAAACGUUUACAUUAAUGCGAUAUGAUCAUUGGCUCACAAGUCACUAAUUGGAAUAAAUAUACUGAUACAGUUUA